AUGAAAGAGGAAAAUAGGAUGUCAGCUAUUGUUGCCGACAACAUAGAUAAAGUUGAUGAUUCUGUUUUUAAAACACCCUUUCUGCCAUCAAAGAAAGGAAAUUGUAAAAAAAAUGAAAAUCGUAAUAACGGUCAUUUGGAAGAUAUUCCACAAGAAGAAAAUAAAAUAAAUACAAAAAAAGAAAUUAGAGAGAAUGAAAGAAAUGAUUUAUUACUUGAUCCUUUUUAUAAUCAUAAAUGUCCACAUACUGAUUCAUUUAUUAAAAAAACGUGGCCUGAUUUAUCAGGAUCAACUGUAGGUGAUUGUGAAGAUUUGGUAAUGGAAGUUAUUAUUGAUGAUUUUUCAAUAUUAUUAUUCCGAAAUAAUGAGGAAUAUAAUCAAUUUAUGAAAGCUGAAAAUAAUAGACAGGCUAAAUUAGAUGCAGAGAGAAAGCAGAAAGAAAUAGAAGCGGAAGCUAGAAGACGUAAGGAAAAGAAGAAAGCUUUAAAGAGAAAAUUAAAACUUGAAAAAAAAAUGAAGAAAAAGAAAUUUGAAAUGGAGAAUGGAAUGCAACCCAUUCCUAUGAGUAGUGAAGAAAAAGCUGAACGCAAACGUUUAAAACGUGAAAUGAAAGAGAAAAAACGUGCUGAUACAGGAAAUAAAAAUAAAUGUAGAGGAAGUUCUUUGUCGCCAGUUCUACACAGCUCUGACGUUCCUUCAACUUCAAAUUGUACUAACUUGGAUUCUAAGCAUAUGCAGUCACCGAGAACGAAUGACGGGUAUUCUUUGUUGGCUCCUAAUAAUAAUAUGAAAAGACCUUCAUCUAUUUCUGUAGAUUCUGGAAUAAUAGGUGGUCCUCCUACUUCAAAAUUACCUAAAUUAGAGGUUGAUGAAUUUAAAUCUUCUAUGUUAGGUAUAGCUGUAAAAACAGCAGAAGUAGUUAAUGUAAAUAAAAUUCCUGCAACACCACCUUCAGCAAAUACUGCAAAUGGCCAUUCAGGUACCCCCACUUCAUCGAUGGAUAUUAAAAGUUCUUUACCUAAUAAUAAUUCAAUUCAAAAUAAUGUAUCUGUUUCAACACCUCAGACACCAUCUAGUAGUAAACAAGGAUUAUUAACUCCAGGAAUGCAACCAACACAAUGCUUUUCUAAUAAUAUGAUGUUUAUGGAGAUUUUAAAAACAAAUCCGGGAUUAGCUGCUAUGCUUCCUAAUAAUACCGGUCUUCAAGUUAAUAUUCAGAAUCCAUCAUUAUCUUCUAAUCAAUCUCAACAACUUUUACAUCUUCAACAAAUUUUACAUCAUCAAAAUACUUUAGCUAAUUCGGUUGUUCAAAGGGGAAUUUCUAAUAAUAAUAAUCCAUCAAAUUUAAUUCAACAACAAAUGCAAAUGGCUUCAUCGCAGAUAAUGCCAAAUAUGCCUAUUCACAAUAAUCUUGGUACACCUUUAAUGAAUGGAUUUGCGGGACAAAUUAAUGCUCCUGUUGUUAGUACACCUACUCGACCUGUACCUCCACAUGGAUCUCAAGUUAUCAAUAAAACCCUUUGUAAUUAUAGUGAUACACAUUUAAAAAUAUGUAUGGAAAUUAACAAUGCAAAAUGUACCACAUCAACUGCUAACAAUGGAAUUCAAAGUUCAUCAAAUAUUUCUAAUCCAACAAAUACAAUUCAAAAUAAUGUUUCAAAUAUGACUACAUCAACCAAUGAAAGUAAAAAAACUACUUCUAUUUUACAGGCUUCAAAUUCAAUGCCAGGAAUAACUACGGGUAUUGUACCAUCAUCUUCUAAUAUAUUAUCAACUCCUGGAAAAGCUGUAAAUAAUGUUAUUCCUACAAAUCAAAAUACAUCUAGUAAUUUAACACAUCAACAAGCCGCUAUGAUUCAAGCAAUGAGUGCUCAAUUACAACAAGUUAACAAUGCUAAAUUAGUAGUCGGAAACCAAAGACCACAAUCGGUAAUGGCUAAUGGAGGAUUAUUUUUUAAUACUCCUUCUGGUACAAAUGUCCCCAGUAAUGCUGUUAAUCACCAGGCAUUAUUUUCCAAUAAUAUGUCAAAUUCAAAUGAAGCUGCAUUCCAACAGUUAAUGAUGCAGGCUGCUUUACAGGCAAAUGGAAAUAUAGGACAAAUUCAACAACAGAAUCCACUUUUAGCUGCUCAAAUAACAGCUAUGCAACAACAACAUAAUCAAGCAGCAAAUUUACUUAUUCAAAAUGCUGUUAAUGCUCAAAAUUCAGCUGCAUCAAAUUUAAUAUCUGUAAAUACAAAUCAAACACCCGGUGCUUUGGCUACUAAUGGAGAUCCAAAUAAAUCAUUGUUAAAUUCGGUAAAUUCAAAGAAUGUUCUAAUUGCACAAGCAAAUGAACAAAAACAAAAAUUAUUGAGUAUUUGUACUAAUGAAAUAUUAAAAUGUGCACAACAAAUCCAACAUUAUCAGAAUUUAUUAAAUACACUUCAGAUUCCAGCAGAAAAAGAAGCUGCAAAAGCUGAAUAUAUGAAGUAUGUUGCUAUGCAUGCUGAAUUAAAUAAUAAUUUAAUAAAUAUCAAAAGUCAGCUGAAUACACCAUUACAACAAGAGAACCUAAUUACUGCUCAGCAACAACUUCAAGCAGCUGCUAUGGCAGUGAAUACUAAUAAUCGGUCUCAAUUGUCAAAUAAUAUUAGUAUACCUAAUACAAUGAUAAAUAAUAUAUCAGUUGAUUCUUUGUAUGAAAUACAAAGACAAGCCGCGGCACAACAACAUCUUUUACGGCAGUAUCAAAAUUUAGCAGGUAUUCAACAAUUUCAACAACAACAACAAAAUCAGUUAAAUGCAGCUGCUUCAGUACAGAAUGCAUCAAUGCUUCAAAAUCAAUAUGCUCAAUCUCAAAUGUUACAAAUGCAACAAUUAUUAGCAGCACAACAUCCAAUGUUUAAACAAUCGAAUAAUAGUAAUUCUGGAAAUCAUAAUCUUGAACAAUUACAUAGACAAAGAUCUGCUACGAUAACAGGAGAAAUAUCAAGUUCGAGUCAUAAUGGCGUAUGUCAUCAAUAA